UGUGACUUUGACAGUUCUUUCGUUGAACACGUUUUAGUUAAAGCUCACAAUGCAGAUAUUUGUGAAGACCCUGACGGGUAAGACCAUCACCCUUGAGGUCGAACCGUCUGAUACUAUCGAGAAUGUUAAGGCGAAAAUCCAGGACAAGGAAGGUAUUCCUCCUGAUCAGCAGCGUUUGAUUUUUGCUGGCAAACAGCUUGAAGAUGGCCGUACUCUCUCUGAUUACAACAUUCAGAAAGAGUCUACGCUUCACUUAGUACUCCGACUCCGAGGAGGUACUAUUGAACCAUCUCUCCGUAUUUUGGCUAUGAAGUACAAUUGUGACAAAAUGAUCUGCCGUAAGUGCUAUGCCCGCCUGCACCCUCGUGCAACCAACUGCCGCAAGACUAAGUGUGGACAUACUAACAAUCUCCGCCCUAAGAAGAAGCUGAAGGAUUAAAUUAAACAUCAAUCUAUUUUCAUUUUCUAUCAGCAGUCUACAUUUAAAAUGUAUCAAAGCUACUAAAUUAAAGUGUACCAACUAAUAA